AUGUCCUGCCUGAGCGCGUUGCACACGCAGAUAGGGACCCUGCUUUGCGUGCCCCACGAGGUAUUAUUUCUGCGACAUAAGGUUUUCCGCGAAUACGCGAAAAUCGCGGUCGGACCGGACUUCAUCCACACGCUGCCAUCCUUCCUGAUCCUGACAGCCGCUGCACUUGUCCUCUGGAAGAAUCCUCCAUCCUCCACGCGGCUCAUGGAUCUCGUAGGCGCGACGUUCAUUUAUAAAGGAUUUCAGGUACAAAAAUCUAUGCGAUCUCCCGCGUUAGCCAAUACCCAUCCGUAUACACGUGCGUCUUUCAAGGUAUCGGUCAGCUGGCUCGCGGUUAGCGCGCUUUUAUGGCUAUGGCUGAUCCUCCAAAGGAUACUCUAUUGCAGUGUCUGGCGUUAUUGGAGUUACGAAUCUGAAUAUCGAGAUAUUUUGUACCCCUGGUGGCAACACGUCUGGUCCUCGUACUAUCCUGUACCCGUGCAGCCGCCAGUGAUGUCGGCUAGUUUUAUCAGUUGGAUCAUUGCGAUGUCAUUUGCGAUAAUCGCCCUGGGAUGUGCGAACUCUACAGAACGCCUGGACACUUUCUUUAAAGAAACCUUAAUUAAAUGUCAGGAUACGUUCGCAGUAAUCAAGUCUUGCGUGGAAUGGUCACAGGAGAGAGAACAAGAGGUGCUCGUAACUACUGAAGCAAACGGGGAAAUGGAUGACGGCGAAAUCUGCCUAGCUUGCAACAACGGUGGCUCAGAAAUAUUAAAUGAUACAAAUAUGGCACGUGGAGAUAUACAUCCGAUCUCCUACGGAACGAAUUGGACGCCACAGCCAAAUUUCUCCACGUUCAAAGAAGCACACCGAAAAAUAUCAAUGAAAUCAAUUCACGCAUUAACAGGCUUAAAUGAUGUUCAGGAUCCUGACAAAUUUGCAGCUAAGCAAGUGCGACACCGACGCGGCUGUCACACCGUGAUACCAAGCAAUUCCACCGAGCAAUCGAGCGAAUGUUGA